AUGUCGCUAUACAAAUGUGUAUCUUGCGAUGAAUUUAUACAGGCCACCAAGGCGCGUCUAUCAUGCAGUUCCUGCAUACCGCGCAUGACCCUCUGUGCCAACUGCUAUGUCGUGCAGGACUAUCCUCCACCGCAUCAAGACGACACCUCGCAUCCAGUCUCGCUGCACAGGCACAGUGGGUUCCUCCCAGUGCCUCCACCACCCCCACCGCGUGCGCAACCUGUUGGGUCACUGAGCAAUUCGCUUGGGCUUCCGCGACGACGACCCAUAUCGGCAGCUUACAGCGACGUGCCCCCGAGAAAACCUCCUCGCCCGCCUAAACCGGAAAUAACAGGCGAAAACAUUGAUGUGGAAAAUGUGGCCGCUACGCCUCCGUCGUCUGAUCCAUCGCCACCACUAUCUAGACCGAUGGAUCUCCCACAGCAAGGCUCCGAGUCACUCCCGGAACAUCAAUACAAACCGAGUGGCUGGACUCUUCUCCUUGACGACAACAUGAAACCAUCUCCCUCUUUCGUUAGGAUGAUCGAUGAACUUUUCCACCAUUUGGACCGGCAGCGCACCGGGUUUCUCAGCCCAGAGGUUUACUCCGACUAUCUACAGGCUUGUGGAGCACCAGAAAACCACAACAUAUGGAAAUCCAGCUACACCAAAAACGCCAAUUACGGCUACGACAUGGCAGACCGAGAACUCACCGACCACUUCACAGCAUACUCUGUUGGUUUCGUUUUACGCCCUCGCACUCCACCUUCAACCCCUAUCUCUUCUCCUCUAGACCCUCUCUCCUACCUCCCCUCCAGCCAACGCAAUACCCUCUCCCGAUUCAUGCCAUCACAGUCUGCAACAGCAACCUCCCUCUCAGGUGGCCAAAAGCCCAUGCUCUCACACCGAGGCUUCACAGAACUCGCGCUCUACAGCGUGCUCCUGAAUCCAUCAGCGGCAUGGGCCCAGUUCAGUCGUGUGAUGCAGGCAUUCCAAUUACCGGUCUGGACGGAGUGGGGCGAUAUUCCACGCGACAUGCUACCCCUAGGCCCGUAUCAGCCGGAGGUGGAGCGGGUAAGGGUGUUACUUGAGGGCGCGAGAGCUACUGCUGAGGAGGAGGUGGACGCCUUGUACGCGAGGUUGAAGCUCGAGCAGCGCGGAAGGCAGCAUGCGUUGGAUUUGUUGGAUGAUCGGGUUUGGGUUUAUCGGUAG